AAGACAGCUAACAUUUCAACAUUUUCAGUCCUCUUAAAAAACACAUUUUCAGCGCGUUUGGAUUUGCCACACAAGGAACCUAUGCGGGUAACCUUGUAAUAGCGUAUUUAAACUACAUAUCCCAAAAUGCAAAUGCGCUGCUUGGUUAGUUUUGCUUCCGGGUCGCAUGGAAGAAACGUUGUGGACUGAUUUGGGUAAAACGUGGAUUAUUGCAAGUAAAACUCGCUUUAAAGGAUCCACACGGAGUCCACAUGAGAUGCGUCUUGUUUUAUAAGCACGUGUCUUCAUACCUGCCGGGAUGGAUCUUGGUAAGGCAAAGCUGCUUAGGACGGGUCUCAACACCCUGCACCAAGCCAUUCACCCCGUGCAUGGGAUAGCAUGGACGGACGGCAAGCAGGUCUGCCUGACCUCUCUCUUCUUCGUCAACGGCGAGGUGAAGUUCGGGGACACCAACGUCAUAGGACAGUUUGAGCACGUCUUCGGGCUCUUCUGGGGCCCGCUGUGCUGCUCCGACUCCCCAGCCCUGCUGGCUGUUCAGCACAAGAAGCAUGUCACUGUGUGGCAGCUCCAGCUCAGCGCCCUGGAGCAGAACAAGCUGCUGUGCACUCAAACCUGCGAGAUGAGCGAGCCUUUCCCCUUGCUCUCACAGGGCUGUGUGUGGCAUCCUAAAGUGGACAUUCUGGCCGUGCUGACCAAGAGGGACGCGUCUGUGCUAUUUUCUGUCAGGGUGGACAACAGGAGAAUCAAAGCUGACAUAAAAGGGAGCGGACUCAUCCACUGUGCAUGCUGGACUAAGGAUGGCACACGCCUGGUGGUGUCAAUCGGCAGUGCUCUGCACUCCUACAUCUGGAACGACAUCCAGAAGAGUCUGGUGGCCUGCUCUUUCUGCCCAAUCUUCGAUGUUGGAGGCUACAUUUGUGCCAUCGAGUCCACGGCUGAGGCACAAGUCGCUGUGGCCACAGAGCUACCUCUGGACAAAAUCUGUGGAUUAAAUGCAGGCAUGGCUUUCGAUAUGCCGCCAGAGCCAGGGUCCCCGCAGAGCCCACAUGCUGUGAGGCCGGAUGACGACAGCCUCCUGGACGUGAGACGCAGAUCCUUUGACUCUGAGCGGUCCUACAUCCCCAGCUCAGGCCCUUUGGACCUCACCCACCUCCUGUCAAGGCACCGCCGCUCUGACCCCAGCCCGCUCAUCCACCUGCGACGCAGAGACACGUUGACCGGCUCCGGACAGGACUCCUCGCACCUCAUCCUGGUCACAUAUGAGCGCAAAGUCACUACCACCCGCAAGGUCAGCAUCCCUGGGAUUCUGGUCCCAGACAUCUUUGCUUUCGACCCGCGCGGCUCCACAGUUGCGGUGGCCUCCAACACCUGCAACAUGGUGCUUGUGUACUGCAUCACAGCCUCUGCGAUGCCGAACAUUCAGCAGAUCUCGCUGCAGACGAAUGAGAGGCCUAAAGGAGUCUGCUUCCUCAGUGACAAGAUGCUGCUGUUGAUGGUGGGCAGGCAGAAGUCCAACGACCCUGCAUUCCUCCCGUCAUCUAACACCGAUAAAUACAUUCUCCGUCUCGUAGCCAAAGAGUUGAUCAAUGAAGAGACUCCAAUUACACCACCCCCCUCCACCCACAGCCAUGAGCCUCCUGCUAAUUUACGCGCUGGGAUUAGGAGGCACUCUGAGAACUCUAAGGACGACAGGGAGCGCCCAGGGAUAAAGGACUUGGUGCUACCGGGAGGGGGAGUAUUUCGAUCGCCGAGGAACAGGCGGAAGCUGGUGGAGGAGGUUCGGAGCAGCGAGCCCAGCCCCGUCACCAGCUCCGUGGACUCCUCUGACCAGGCAUCGGACAGAGCCAUCUCCAGUGCCUCCUCCGUCACCGUGGAGAACUUCGACAUGGACCACAUCAACCGCAUGACCAACCUGGCGGUGGCCGGCCAGGCCAGCAGGGACUCAAGCCGGGCCAGCUCUCCGCGCUUCGAGCCGUCGGACAAGCUCCAUGCCGAGCAGACGCUGCCCAUGCUCGAGAAGACGCCGGCCCCCGCCAAGGAGCGUGCGAUGGAGCAGCUCGGCAACAACAUGGAGAGGCUUUUUACUCGCUUUGCAGACGUUCAGCAGUGCCUGACAGAAAUCAGAGAUUACACCCAGAAUGGAAAGAAGGCCCUGACCGUGUACCCCAAUGCCUCUGAACCCCCCUACGCCAAUGUCACAUGUCAGAAGCAGUUAUCAGAAAAUGUGUUCAUCGAUGAGCGGAGGCCAGUGCUGCUGUGUGAUGGGAGGCUUUGCCUGCGCACACUCAAAGACCUCUUCAACCUGACCAUAGUGGAGAUGAUGUAUGGCCCACUGUGGAUUGUACUUGUGGCAGACGCAGACGGCUUUGUGCCCCUGACGUUCAAGCCCAAAGAGGAGCUCACUGUGCGGAAUGGGAAGCGAAAAACGAACCUGCGGACUCCCUCGAGUCCAGAGACCUCUUGCCCAUCCAGUCCAGCCCCAGGCGGAAACCCCAGCACAUACCCAGAGGCCUCGACGUAGUUGGUGUCUCUUAACACACCCACUUCAGUACAUGGACUUGUACAGACAUUGUUUAAAUAUCAUUGGCUUGAUCCAAAUACGCAGAGCGAACAGACCACACAAAUAUGCAAAAACUCAGAUAAGCAGAAAUGUAUGUCAAAUUUAUUUUUGUAUGUAAAAACAAAAGUGAUAUGAAAAAGGCUGCCUGUUGAGAUGUGAUGUUAACAUGUCACGGCUUUGAAAUGAAACUAGUCUGAGCACUGAGCCAUGUUUUUUCUUUUUUUAAGCAGUGCUGUUAUUGAAGCAGGACACCUGCUGUGCUGUGAUGGCUCCUCGCAAACAGCUUUGAGUGCUGUAUGUUUUAGAGUUGAUGAAAAUAUUCUGAGAACUGAGAUAGGCUAUUGUAUGAUGUAAAUGGUUUUGUAAUUUACUGGAGAAUUGCAGAUAUACCCAUAUCCAUCAUAUUCAUUAUAAAAUAAGGUGUAUACAAAUGCAGAGUUUCUGAUUCUCGAUUAGCACUUGGAAUAGGUUAUUAUUUAAUUGACCAACCCUCUCUGAGGUGUUAGGCACAUACAACAUGCUCAUGAGAUUUCCUCCUUUAUUUACGUUAUCACAGUAACUCAGCUGAGGACUAGAGGGGGCGCUACUCAACACAUUCCAUGGCUGUGCAGUCAAGUCUUGUCAUGGAAGACAAAAAAAAAAAUACAGAGAAAAUGUAUUUUGUCGUUAGCCUUGUAAAUAUAAAAUUUGUAUAACUUGUGUUUUA